AUGGACCCCAAGGCCGCCGUCGCCGGGACGCCCAUUGAGGCGCCGCGCAGCUACGGGAAGCGCAUCGAGGGCGGCUUUACACCCAAGCCUCUGCCCCGGCCGAUCGGCAUGGCGCUGCCUCCGCUGCCGGGCGAGAACACGGGCAUCGACAACCGCUCGCUGCAGCAGCGGAAGGAGGACUUUGUCAACUACGACAAGCAUCUGCAGAGGCGCAAGGAGCUGACCGCCAAGAUAUCAAGACCCUACUUCCGCGACUGGGGUAACCUGCAGUACCAUGAGGGCAAAUCUUUCAUUGCGCCGCCCCGACUCUUCAAGGCCGAACUCUCCCUCUUCUUCCCCAACCUCUACGGCCAGACGAUCCUCAAGAACGACAAGACACCCCGCGACACGACCCCUUUACUCUCCGGCAGGGCAUCCGUCGUGUCCAUCUUCAGCAGCCAGUGGGCGGAGCGGCAGGUCGAGAGCUUCGUGUCGAAAGAGGCCAACCCUCAACUACACGAGGUGCUUGAGCGCAGCGGCGAGACGGCGCAGCUCGUUAGAAUCAACUACGAGGAUAACAAGGGCAAAGCCCUCCUGGUCAAGCUCUUCAUGGGGUCGCUGCGUAAGAGGUUUGGGGAGAAAGACUGGGACAAGUAUUUCCUCGUGCAGAGGGGCAUCACGGACGAGAUCCGGGAGUCAAUAGGCCUGCUCAACAGCAAGGUCGGCUACACAUAUUUGGUGGACCACCACUGUAGGAUACGCUGGGCCGGCAGCGGCUCGAGCCACCCAGAUGAGGUCGAGAGCUUGGCCAAGGGACUGGCCAAGCUCGUUGACGACAUCAAGAAGGAAGCUUCGUUGCCUGCCACAGCGCGAGAGAAGCUUCCUGGUAAGCCUCACUUGGAGAAAGCAAAGGACUCGGUGUAG